AUGAUGCUCGGUUCCGGGGGGUUGCCGCCCAAACAGGUGCAAGGGCAACAGCAAAACGGGCCGGGUGUGGGCGGCGUUGGCGGGCAGGAUGUACCGCCGCCGCCAUUGAGCGGUCAGGACUUUACGCUUUCGAACGUUCUGCAUUUUCUGCAGAGCGAGUGGCGGAAGUAUGAGCGGGACCGAAACGAGUGGGAGAUCGAGCGCGCGGAGAUGCGGGCUAGAAUUGCACUGCUCGAGGGAGAGCGGAGGAGCUUCGAGAAUGUCAAGGUUGACCUGAUGCGGAGGAUAAAGAUGCUCGAAUACGCACUUCGCGUCGAGCGUUCGAAGCAGCUUAAUCAACCGGCUACCGCUCCUGCAAAACAUAUAUUGCCAAAAGAGGACGCGAACGGUGCACCAAAAGAAGGCAGCGCCGCCAGCGGUUCGCCGCGCUCAGAAGACUCGCCAUUACCACCACAGAAUAUUGUGCGCGCGAGUACGUGGGGGGCUGGCGGAGCUAGCUCGAGCUGGAGCGCGUCCAGUGCGCUCGGCAAGCCGCCUCCGGGCCGUGACCCGAAGAGCAGGGCGAGGAGUAGAGAUUAUCUCAAGCAAUGUUUGCAAGAGAUCCAGUACUUGACUUCUCCGCAAGCCAUGAACCCUCUCCCCACACGCCCACUCGCGAUGCCUGGUCCCGCAUCUGGCCCUGGUGCGAUGCCGGUCUCGCUUCCAAAUGUCCCGCCAUUCGACCAGAUGGGCUACGGUAACCGCCCACGCAAGCUCAUGGAUAACGUCCAGGUCCCGAAGGACUUCCCGCUUAUGAACGGCAACCAGCAGCAACAGCAACAGGCUCAGCAGCAGUCUCAGCAGCAGCAGCAACCGUUCCCUAGUAGCAGCGGUCAGCCUCAGCAGGACGAGCAGGAGAAGAGGGAGUUGCAGCAACAGCAGCCGUUCGGUGAUGGGUUGAACGCCAACGGCGAGGUGCCAACUGCGAUUUUCCGCCCAGAUAACCGCGGGGAGUGGAAAGAGCGUCUACGCGCCGCUCAUGAAGCCGAUCAGGCUCGUCUUGCUGCUGCGGCGUCGUACGGGGAGGAGCAGGGCCAGGGCCAAGAGGAGGAAGCCGAGGCGGAGGACGACAACGAUAGUUUGAUGGGUGACGGCGAGGGUGAGAAGAUCUGGAAGACGAAGCGGACGCUGCGAAACCAUUUAGACGCCGUACGCGCGCUCGCAUUCCAUCCCAGCGAACUGUGUCUCGCUAGCGGCGGCGACGACUGCACGGUCAAGAUCUGGCGCAUGGAUGUCGCCGGACUCGCAUCAUCUGCUGCACGCCCCGUUACCGAAGUCGAGCCUCAAUUGACGCUUCGCGGCCACACAGCGGCCAUCACGCGCCUCGUGAUCGCACCCGCGAGUGGUCUACUCUACAGCGCUAGCAUGGACAGCACGAUCCGCGCUUGGGCGCUACCGAACCCUGCAGCAGGCACCUACGCCCCAUACGACUCCACGCGCGCACGCGGUGAACUCAUCGGCCACACUGACGUCGUCUGGGAUCUCGCACUCGUCCGCGACGAACGCACGCUCGUAUCAGCCGGUGCAGAAGGAGCCGUCAAAGUCUGGGACGUCUCGAGUCCCUCCGCGAACGGACCCGGCAGUCUCAAGAUGAGCUGGACGUUCCACGGCGUUCAGUCCGGCGAAGGAUCGCGCGAGGAAGAAGACGAGGAUCUUCCCGGAGCGUGCGCUGUCGAGGCUGUACGUGGCGAUCUGAAGAAGGUCGCCGUGGCGUUCGCGAACGGGAGUAUCAAAGUGUUCGAUAUCGCGACGGGCGCGGAGGAGAGGCAUAUUAGGGUGCCGGCGCAGGAGGGAGAGAGGGGACAGGUUAACUGUUUGGUUAGUCAUCCGACUAUGCCGUUGCUUGUUGCGGGGCAUGAGGAUAAGCAUAUUUCGAUCUUUGAUAUCACGACUGGCCAAUGCACGUACAGCAUGCCCGCACACCUCGACGGCGUCGCAGCACUCGCGCUCGACGCAGCGGGUCUCGCGCUCGCAUCCGGCGGCCACGACUGCAGCGUGCGCUUCUGGGACGUCCUAGGCCAAGACGGCAACGGCAAGAACGGCAACGGCGACAAGGAGAAAGAAGCGAAGAACUUGAGCAUGUCGUGCGUGCAGGAGAUUACGAGUCAUAGGAGGAAAGCGGAUGAGGGCGUGUUGGCGCUUGCGUUCCAUAAUACGUUGCCGUUUAUGGCGAGUGCGGGCGCGGACGGGGUCGUUAAGCUUUAUGCGAGCUCGAGCUCGUAG